UACUACCCGGCUCUCAGCGUUAGCGCAAAGGUAAGGGACGGUGAGCGUAGUUACUGCCCGCUUUUGAACCGGAAAGGAACAGAAGGCGGGAAAAGCCUCAAACUUUUCAAUUUCCAGAUUCUUAUAGGGGAAGACGACGACUCGGAAAUGGAGACAAAGAGGCACACAUGCCUGAAGAUCCAGAUUCCUAAUACCGGCGACCCCACUGAUGCUGAACCCAUAUUUGUGAAGGGUACUUGGUAUGAUACCCGCUUUGACCUCUCCAUAACAGAUGGCCUCAAUGCUUGGGUUUGUCAUGCAUCGGAGGAGGAGGUGAAGGAUCGGGCUGCUCAGUGGGACCAGCCGGUAUCGGAGUAUGUGCACCUGGCUGAGAGAUACUUAGGGUUUCAGCAACCUGAUUCUAUCUACGGAUUUGCUGAUGCCGGUUAUGGGCAUAAAAGACAGUUGUCAUGGACAUUCGAGAAGGAAGGAACUAAGCUGCAAUGGAGAUGGAAAUGCCAGCAGUCUCCUAAUAGUAAGAAAACCACGGUGGAAAUACUGGACUUUCUUAUGGAUGCCAACAUAACAUUAAGUGAAGAAGUUGUCAGAAAGACUGAGUCAUUUGAGAGGAUGAAAGUGGAGGCUGAGAAGUGUUUGUUCCAGAGUGAAAGAUUUGCCAAUGAAAAAGUAGAAUUUGAAUCUGAAAUCUAUGCAAAGUUUCUAGAAGUCUUGAAUUCAAAGAAAGCGAAGUUGAGGGAGCUUCGAGAUCAGAUCUCUAGAGGAGAAGCUGCUGAAAAAUCUCCUCAAGAGCAAGACACAGACAAAACUGAGAGUUUUGGUGAUGAAAGCGAUGAAGAGGAAGCCACUUUCAGUUCAAGGGAUGUUUCAGCAAGUAAACCUUCGCAAUCACACCGAAAGAGAACUUCACGCAAAUAAUGCCUGCACUAGUUUGAGCAAAUUUCCACCUGAAUUGACCUUUAUUUUCCCGUUACUUGUUCUAUAUGGCAAUGGAAUCCUGUAAAUAUUGUUAGUCUUCUUUAGCAUACCGGGUUUUAUUUGUGUUUUCUACACGAAGAAACUUACUAAUUAUACCAUAUUAGAUUAUGAAUGGUUGAAUAUCCCUGA